CACGGCGAGGAACCUGGAAAAGGCGCAGCGAGACCUGGGUGCCGCCGCCUCCAAAGUGCAUCUCAUCAAGAUGGAUCAGUCGUCACUGGCUGAUGUCCGCCGGGCAGCCGCAGAGCUCCUGGCGCGCGAAGACAAGCUCCACGUCUUCGUUGCUAACGCAGGCAUCUACCAAAUGAAGCACGAGACAAGUGCCGACGGCUUUGAGAUGCACCUCGCCGUCAACCACCUCGCUCACUUUCUCCUCUUUCUCCUCCUCCGCCCCGCGCUGCUGGCGGCCACGUCGAGUGCCUUUCAUUCGCGCGUCGUCGUCGUGGGCUCCAAUGCAUCGCGGCGCUUCAAGGCGGACCUGGAGAACAUGAACCUCGAGGGCGAGGGCGUCUACAAUGGCUACCUGGGCUACGGCGCGUCCAAGACGAUGAACACGUGGAUGGCCAACGAGAUCGAGGCGCGGUACGGCAAAUCGGGCGUGCAUGCCGUGUCGCUGCAGCCAGCAUUCAGCUUUGGCACGGGCCUCGCAAAGGACUUUGAUCCGAAAGCUAUCAAGGCCUUCACCGACGACCCGGGCUUUCAGGCGCGCUCCAAGUCGCAGCCCCAGGGCGCGGCCACGACGGUGUAUGCAGCCACGGCCAAGGAGCUCGAGGGGGUGGGCGGAGUCUGGCUCGACAACUGCCACAUCCAGCGCCAGGUCUGGGACCAGAAGACGCUCUGGGCCUCGGGCCACUCGCCCUGGGCCUUUGAGCCCGAGAACCAAAAGAAGCUGUGGGACAUUUCCCUGAGACUGGUGGGCGAGGCAGAGUAAAGCCGGCUCACUCUCACGCUGUCAGUAUGAGUAGAAAUGAC